AUGGCCUCCCAACCCUCGAGAAGGGAACGGGCCUCCAGCGAUCGGGCCCAGGCAGGCCUCGUCCCUCAACGACCGGGUCUACAAAGUCGAACAAGUUCCGCUCCGCCCGGGGGAUUAUACAAACUUGAUUCAACCAGAACUGCGAUGGAAGGUGGCAGUAGUGUUGGACGGACACUCGUUGAGGAAGAUGAAAGCUCAACAUUUGGCGGAUGUUCCGGGGUCUCAUCACCCCAGGUCGGAUACGAGGCUAACCAGGCUAAUCUCAAGUCGAGCUUUCCGCAUGUGAGCAUCGCUGUUGUUGGCGGGGACAAAGUCGGCAAAACGACCUUUAUCCAGAGCGCCUUGGAAAUGAAACAUCCUCUUACCUCGCGAUCUACAACGAAGAAGAUGUCUUUAGAUGGGACCGUAUACGUUGUUCGCUUAGUUGAAGUUCACGUGGACGAGAUCUCUUCCGAUGGCAAUGGAAGAUUGAGAUGGCCACUGCUGGGAAACGAUUCAACCCCCAGCAUCGACGGCGCGCUGCUCUUGUACGAUGCGAAUCGCCCUUCUUCUGUUCCGGAAACGUCAAAGAUGCUAGAAACAUUCAUCGCCGCCUCUGUUCCUUUCGUGCUGGUUGCCACUAAAUGUGAUAAGACGAGUCCUGAUGGACCAUUUGAAACAUCUUUCGGGAGCUAUGACAUUCAUCGAACAUCUCCCGAGUCGCCCCAGAAGCAGAAAAUGUGUAUUGCUGUUAUUUUGCGUGACGUUUUUAGCCAAAGAGAAGCGGAGAAAAGUCCCAUCUCCAACACGCACGAGUGGCAUCACACUCGCGCCCGCUCAGAAACCCCCACCUCAUCGCUCGCUGGAGCCGCGGGCGGCCCGUUUAGUAGUGCUCUCGAUACUGGAGUCGAAGGGUACGGCGUCGACCGCCAUCCCGCAGACUCAAAGCCGUCGCCAAAUCUGGCUUCUAAUGCACAGGGUUCACGAUUUGCCCGGAGCAAUUCGCAUCCGGUGCGACCACAUACACCACCUUCCCGGUUAAAUCCCCAGAAAACUUCAGCGGCUGGCGAAUCGUCGCCAGGUAAGGACCAAACCCGACAGCGUCUUAUCCAAUCGGCCUGGCGUAAUAGUGGCGGCUCGGAUGCUUUCAAUGGCUUUUUGGAUAUGCCAGAUGAAUACGAUGAACCACGGAGUACCCCGUCAAGCCCUGAGAGUAAGGAUAAGGCAUCUAGCGAAAGUUCCACAAACGAAACGGGCUUCACUUUCGAUGAAUUAGUUGAUCGUCUUGUCGCGCCGCCAAUCUCAAAGCAAGACUCUAAGUUUGCAUCGAUAUUCCUCUGUCUUUAUCGGAAAUUCGCUGCCCCGGCUACCCUCCUGAACGCGCUUAUCAAUCGAUUUGAGCGGAAUGAGAAAGAUAUUACGGAUCAAUUAACUCGCAUCGCGGACCAACUAAGGCUUCUCAGUGUCAUUGCCCAGUGGGUUUCGGAGUAUCCUGGGGACCUGGCGUAUCCGAAGACAAGAAAGCGGAUUGUGGAUUUUGUCUCAACCCUCGAAAGGAGCCACUUCUACAUGUUCGCGGCCAAGGAGAUUGGAUCGUACCUGGAAGUAAAUGCGGAAGAUGACGAUGUCGGGUGGGCAUUCAAGGAUGGAGAAGCCGAAGCACUCGACGAGAACGAUUUUCCACCUGAAAAUUUUGUUAAGAACUCGCCAUCCACGUUUCUAGGUGACUUCUCAAUUGGAAACGAAGGCGAGGACGACAAUCAAAACGACGAGGAAGAAGAAGACCCUAUAUACAGCAUGAGUGCGCUGGACCUCAGCGAGGGUGUGCACGAUCAGCCAAUGAAACUAUCAGCCACAUUAUCGAACCCAUCUUUAGAGAAACCCGGCAAUAUACCAAGUCAGUCGUUCACAUUCUUGAGCAUUGACGGUGCGCAAAGAGAAGCAAGCGGUAUGGACUUGCUGGGGCGGAUACCGUUGACAAAGGUGGUAUGGCGGCAACUGAUGGAAAUCCCGGAUGAGGAUUUUGCCAACGAGUUGACCCGCAUUGAUUGGAUAAUGUUCAACACUUUCCGACCGCGAGAUCUUGUGCGACAUGUGAGUAUAUCUGGACCGGACAAGGAUAAGAUCCAGAGUUUGAAGCAUGUCAACCGCAUGAUCAAGCAAUUUAAUCAUGUGGCAUUCUUCGUGGCAAGUGUAAUUUUGUUGCGGGAUAAGCCAAAGCACCGAGCACGGGCAUUAGAGAAGUUUAUGAAUAUUGCUCAGAAACUACGCCGCCUGAAUAAUUAUAAUUCAUUGGGUGCGGUCAUUGCUGGGAUUAAUGGGACACCGGUACAUCGGCUUAAUCAAACCCGCGAGCUUGUCCCGCCGCAGGUUCACAAAGACUUCAUGAGACUGGUAAUUCUUAUGGGUACUCAGAAGAGCCAUUUCGCCUACCGACUGGCAUGGGACAACUCCUUCUCCGAGCGCAUUCCGUUUUUACCACUCCACCGCCGCGACCUCGUCUCAGCCGAAGAGGGUAACAGGACUUUUAUCGGCGACAACCGCAACCGGAUUAACUGGAAGAAGUUUGAGGUCAUGGGCGAAGUUGUGCUUGGCAUUCAACGCAGCCAAAAGACUCCCUACCCACACCUGCACCGGUACGACGAAGUCGCUAGGUUGAUUUUGGACACUAAACUUUCAGGCGAUGACGAGUCACGUGAUAGCCGUAUUACAAGGUGCCGAAGUCCAGCGAGAAAUCCGAAUCUAAAAAUGUCCGCAAGCACAACAGCAACCGCAAAAUCCACGUACCGCGCCAUCCUCCGCGAACUCCCUCGCCGCUCCCUCUCCUCACCUACACCUCUACACAACCGAAUCCGUGAGGCAUACAGAAAACCCACUUUGCGACCUUCUAAUGGCGCCGGCGAAAGCGUAUCGGAGGGAGAGGCUGUGCUGCGGCGCCUGCAACAAGCAGAACAGUUUGCGCAGUAUGCGCGCGCACAGAGGAUGUAUGCGAUGCUUGUUGACCGGUAUAACCCGGGCUCUCUGAUGGACGAGGAGGAGAGGGUUAGGCUUACGGCGAGGCGAGUGGGGUUGGAUCUGCCGGAGCUGCCUGGGGAGCAGCAAAAAGGAAAGGGAAAAGGCGAGGGUCAAGGGGAGGGGAGUGUUUGA